AUGAAAUUCGGUGGCCUCAGCGUCUCUCUCAUUGCCUUGCUCCCUGUGUCGCCAACGACUUGGCGGCGAGGCCUUGCGUCGCGCCAAGGCUCCUCGCGUCCGUCUUUCGUUCCCUGCUGCCGCGUUCCUCAGCGGACCGUCUUUGUCCGCUUCCAGCCGACCCCCAACGACGCGUGUUACAAGUUUUAUGUCGAUGAGAUGCACUUUCUGCCGCCCAACGCGCACACGAUGGUGUUCGACAGCACAAACAGCUACCUUUCUCCACUAGCCCACACACUGCUUGAGGCGCUCCCAAUGGUGGAGGAAGUCACGGUGGGUACGUCCUUUGUGACGGUGAAGCGCGUAGAGGAGGCGGAUGCGGCGGUGGCGGCCCGCUACUUUGCCAAGAAGUUCAAUGGAGUGCAGCAGAACCACGGGACUGACGAGGAAGCUGCUGCGAUGCGCUCGCAGGCGCUGCAGCAGCACGUCGCUGACGUGUUAAAGGAGGACGGCGCGCCAGCAGCCGAACCCCGUAGUUGCAAUGCAGCUUCUACCGCACCGUCGUUGUCGCCGGUGGAUGCGUCCUUUGAUGUUGGCGGGUUCACAGUUUCGCCAUCUUCGCAGGACGAAGAAAUCGAUGAGGCUGCCCUGCAGUCACUGAUCGCCGAGACAGACUGGUCAGAGCUCAAGUUGCACGUAAGCGCCCUGCUCACGGAUCACAUCUGCAGCGGCAACCCGCACGUCGACCCCAGCUCCUCCCAUCCCCACGCCGACACACUCCCGGAGGAGGGCGAUUCGGAGGUGGUGCUGUUGAUCAAGGAGCUUGUCUCCACCACGAUCCGGCCGCAGCUGCAGGACGAUGGUGGUGACCUCCGCUUCGUCGGCUUUGACCCCGUCUUGGGCGACAUGCACGUCGAACUGCUUGGGGCGUGCCGCACCUGCAAGAGUAGUAAGACAACGCUCGUGGAUCUGAUCGAGCGCACCACACGGCACUGGAUACCUGAGGUGCGCGCGGUCAAGGACGUCUCGCGGGUCACAUCCGCAUUUGAGGACUUUGCUGCACAUCGCAGUAACGCUGCAGCAGCAGGCGCCGGCGGCCUCUCAUCCUCGCCACUGACAGACCAAAUCGCAGGGGAAGGUGAUGACGGUUUGCCGAAUGCAAAGGGCACAGUGCAGUUCUCUCCGUCACCCACGUCGGUGUCGGCGCGCGCUGCGUCAGGUGGGUACAAGAUCGUGCGCAAAGUGCAGGCGUCCUCUGCUGGAGAAGCCGAAACUGCCUGCUCUGCUGCUGCACCGUUGUGA